AUGGCCGCUGCGAAUGCCGCGACCGGCGCCGAUUCCGCCCAAGACGCUGUCAUCGUUAAACGCCACAGACACAGUGAAGGGCCGACCGAACCGACCCAGCCGCCAGCCAAGAAGCAUAGGCACAAUGAGGGACUGACCGAACCAGCUCAGCCGCCGGAUAAGAAGAAGAAGAAGCACAAGCACAAUGAAAGGCUGACCGAAGCAGCUCAGCCGCCGGAGAAGAAGAAGCACAAGCACUCUUCCGGCAAACCGAAAAUCUCCAAGGAACGUCUCGAAGCCGCUGGCAUUGACGCGAAACAGUUUCGGUACAUGCGCUUUGACAAGGCGCGUGCAAGUAACUGA